GAAGAGGUCAGUAACGAGGUGCUAAUAAUUGAAGGUACAUCAUGCAAAUGAGUUUCAAUCUGUUACCACUGAUUUGUUUAUUCGCGUUUUCUUUCGCGGAAAACGGGUUUGAAAUAGAAUUUCCUGAUAAACUUGCGUUUGACGAAUUUGCCAAAAAUGAUAUUUUUUCACCAGAAAUUUUAGGUGAAUUUGCUGAACAUUUAGAGAAGUUCUAUACAUCAUCAGGUCGGGUCCAUCAAGCAAACGCAAAGUCAACUGUGGCAGUAAUAAAUGAUUAUGUUGAUAAAUUACUAACCAACUUGAACAAUUUUACUACAAGUCGGGGCCUUAAUGAAUUGGACAUACCAGGUGUAUCAGAGAAACUGGAAUACAGAUCUCCGCUCUCACUUAUUACCUUUACCGGCUUAUUAAAUCUCACGGAUGGUAAAUUAAGUGGAAUAUCCAACAUCGUACGCACAGGAGAUGUUAAAAUUACAUAUGCUGAUAAACAUUUAAGUAUACUAGCACCGUUGGGAAUCCGUUCCUUAUCUAUUAAAUAUAAUUAUAUUGCCAAAAUAAUGAAACUUGGACCGAGAGGAGAGAUAAUCGGAGAUGCUGAAGGAAUUAAGUUUCUUUUUAGACUUAGUUACAAUAUUACGGUUCACCGAUUUUCCCUGGACUUCUUCGAAAUCAAUAAAAUUGGGUCAAUUAAACUUUACUUCUCAAAAAACGUGUUGACUGAUUGGCUGGCAUCGCUUGUAACCAAUAUUGUCCUUCCACUUUUCAAACGUAUCAUUCAGACACUUUUAAAUAAUAAUGUGUACGCUAUCUUAGAAAAUAUUGUUGACAUAAUUAAUUCAGCACUGGCAAACGUAUUCCCUUAAAUGCAGUUACUACUUUGAUGACAUUGUACUAUAAAUAAAAUUGUAUUAUAAAAACAACAAAAUAAAAUAAUAUGUCUACAUAACUAUUAUGUCCUA